CGGGAACCCUUUGAACCUUUGAUCAUAAACACUCGCGUCUGCAGUUGAUUUUGUGAUUUCCUUUAAUAUAUUUUAAUUUUAACAAUAAAGUGCUCUUUCUGUGUUUCGCUAAUAAUUCCUCAUAGCUACAAACCAGCCUCACCUUUACAACCUCACGUAAAAUGCUGCGUAUCCUGAACCGAGUGACGAGACUUGCCAUUCCGGGAGCCCGUAAUCUGAGCAACGAAUCGGCGGAUAGCAAACUGGUUCUUACUGAGGUCGAUGAUAAAACGGGAUAUGCAACGGUAACGCUGAACCGUCCUCCGGUGAACAGCCUAAGCCUGGAAUUAUUGAAAGCGAUUUCAGAGGCUUUAGAUGAUCUCCAGAACAACAAAUCACGGGGAAUGAUAUUGACCUCGUCCUCGAAAAGCGUGUUCAGUGCGGGGCUAGAUAUAAUGGAGAUGUAUAAACCUAACCAGGAUCGUUUGCGUGACUUCUGGUCCACGCUUCAGGAUGUUUGGUUCAAGCUGUACGGAUCGCCUUUCGCUACUGUUGCUGCCAUCAAUGGACAUGCACCUGCCGGAGGAUGUUUGCUAUCACUGUGCUGCGAAUAUCGCGUGAUGUGCCCGAAUUACACCAUAGGAUUGAACGAAACGCAGCUAGGAAUCGUGGCACCAACGUGGUUCCAGGCUUCACUGCGGAACACCAUCUCUCGCCGGGAAUCUGAGAUGGCUUUAACGUUGGGGAAAAUGUAUAGCACAGAAGAAGCGUUGAAAGUGGGAAUGAUCGACGAAAUUGCGGAAAACAAGGAAAAGGCUUUGGAGAGGGCCGUGGCGUUUUUGAACCAGUUCCGAAAAAUCUCCCCGAUGGCCCGGGCUAUGACGAAGCAAGCGUUACGUAGCAAGGAUAUCGUAGAACUGGAGGAUAACCGUUCCCAGGACAUCGAUUUGUUCGUGUACGCAGUUAAUCAACCAAACGUACAGAAAGGCCUAGAGGUGUACCUGGAAAGUUUGAAAAAGAAAGCGGCGGGAAAAUAGGAGAAAAAAAACAAGGGAAAGAUGGUUUGUUAAAACCACAUGUUAUUAAAAAUGUUUUCAUUUUUUUCUACUAGCAUUUUGCGUAAUCUGUUUUACGCCUAGAGUGAAUAAAACUGAUUUAUAAAUGAUUUGUUUCAAUUGCUACCC